AUGAGAUCGCGUUAUCGCGCUCAAUUACCCUCGGAACUCACUCACUCGCCCGCAACGGCGAAAAUCGUACACCAAUUAGUCACGUGGGACACGUCGAUGCCCGUAUCUCAGUCGGGGGGCACCGCCUCCCGUACUCGGGGGGAGUGCGGCCGAAAAAUUCUCAUUAACCUUAUCUCACUGAUCCGACUAACUCAUAACUCGCGUCGGCUGAGCGGGAGGGCAAACGUUGGCCGAUACGUUAUGAGCUACGACAUGGCCGCUAAACCGUGCCCGCACGUGAGAAGUCCGAAAAACCCGUUAGUGCACGCCACUGGGUGCGAACCCACGACCUCCGAGCGAGACGACCGC